AUGGUUACCAAUGAUUCAAAAAAUACGCCAAACGUUCCAGAAGGCUGGUUAGCCAAAUUCGAUGAUAAAUAUAACACGUUUUUCUACGUCAACUUAAAGACUAAGAAGUCACAAUGGGAGGCACCUUCAGGCACAUCAUUCGAGCCUAAGUCUGCUGAUGAAGUGUUGCCACCUCCUUACAGUCCUACAUCAUCUAGUGGUGCUCGAGCACAAUACCAAACUCAGGAUAGACCACAAGCUCAACCACAAGUUCAAUCUCAACCUCAACCUCAUGUUCAGCAAUAUCCUCCACAACAAGGAUAUCCACAGGGAUAUCCACCCCAGGGAUAUGGAUACCCCCCACAACAAGGAUAUCCACCCCAAGGAUAUGGAUACCCACCUCAGCAACAAUACAUGCAACAGAAACCACAAAGGUCCCGUAUGGGGGGCAUGGGGGGCUUAGGCAUGGGUCUUGGUGGUGGUAUGCUUGGUGGUAUGCUUUUAGGUAAUAUGAUGGGCAACAACGAGAUGGAAGCAUAUCACGAUGGGUUUCAAGAUGGAGGUAUGAGUGGUGGUGAUGAUAUGGGUGGUGACAUGGGUGGUGACAUGGGUGGUGGUGAUUUCUGA